CAGAUCGUCCCGAAUACUGUACCAGCCCUGAAUGGGGACGGAACUACCCGGAGACUCCGGGAAACUUUUGCAUUUUUGGUGGGCUAGGCCUGUGCUGUGCUGCUGCAGAUGUGCCUAUUACACGUCGUAUGCAACGGGCCUUGGCGCACAAAGAGCGAUCAGCCCCCCCCUCUGUUGGCAACCUGCUGUGCAGCCGCCCCCCGCGAGGUGACGCCGCUGGUCCUGCAGCUUCUGGACGAGGCGCAGGCGCGCAGCGGGGCCAGCCCCCACCCGCUGGCCGCACACCUACAUAUUCACGUGACUGAGGGGCUGCCGGCGGGCCGUGGCGACACGCAUGGAGGAACCAAGCCAAGGCCCCGGUCGACCCAGUGCACCGAGACGAGGCCCAAGGAGGAGGUCAUUAUUGGCUGGGGCAACGCCACCACUGGUUAUGGCGGUUGCAUCAGCAGGUUGGGGCGGGGCCCAAACCGGGCACUGCUCCGCCUGCUGGUGGACAAGUACGCGCACCUGGUGGUGUACGUGGACGUGUUCCACACAUCACAGGGCUGUGACGUGAACUCCGCAACCAGCAUCCGGCACGCGCUGGUGGAGAUGCUGCUGGGGCACAAGCGACCUGCAUCGCUGCAGACUGGCGGCGGCGGCGGCGCCGGCAGCAGCGGGGGCGCGUGCGCGCAUCUUGGUAGCGGAGGGGGCGGGAAAGGCCACGUGGAGGAGGAGGGCGCAGCGCCGCCCAAGAAGCGGCGCAAGCGCGCAGACUGAGGAGCGAGCCGGCUGGUGUCUGGGUAGCGGCCCGUGGUAAGACUGGCAGGGCAUGCGUAGCGGCAUGACAAGUAGUGCGGCUGUUGACAACUGUGCUGCGUGAUGCUGCGGUUGGCUCUGCUGUGGCAUCGCGAUUGCUAGGCACCUGGUUUGGCUACGCGCCUGUGGAAGCCGACCCCGGCUACGUCCGGGCGAUGAGGUUGUUCGGCCUCAGACUGUGGAGGGGCUCAGCCCCUUUUCCCUC